AUGGAAGCAGCAAAAAAGAACGUCGCUGAAACACAUGCGUCAGAACCUAGAGUUUCGGACGUACACAAGGUGAAGGCCGUCGCGGAGGCGAACGUGACGCGGCGAGACUGCUAUCGCUGCGGCUCAGCGAAACAUGGAAGCCGGGUAUGCCCGCACAUUGCGGAUAUCUGUUUCAAGUGUGACAAGAAGGGGCAUGUCCAAAGAGUGUGUCAUGCUGACAAAGAAAAGAAAUCGAAGUGUACGCCACGUAAGGCGAUGAAGAAACUGGUUCCUGUUCAAGACCCAGUUGGCAUGAAGGAAAUGACCACGUCUGGUAUGGAACCAAUAAAACUCACAAUAAACGUGCAGGAAGUUGCUUUGGAAAUGGAACUGGACACAAAAGCAACUGUUUCUGUCAUGUCACUGCAACAGUUUCGUCAGAUAUCUCCUUCAACAAAGAUCAUGCCGACGACGCUCAAGCUGCGCACGUUCAAGGGAGACAUCGUUCAGCCCGUCGGGGUUGCUCACGUCGACGUGCAGUACGGACAGCAGAGGACCGAGCUUCCCCUCUACAUCACAAGAGAAAAGGGACCACAUCUGCUCGGGCCGGCAGUGGCUGCAAGCGAUCCGAUUGGACUGGAACCGGAUCUUCGGGAUCAACAGCAUUGCCAGGUCAGGUGUUUUGGCGCUUUCCGAACAACGCACAAAGCUUAG